CAGGAACAGAAGGGUUUUGAUAUGAUCUAUUUGCUUGAAGAUGUGCCGCCGUGGUAUCUCUGUAUCCUACUGGGAUUUCAGCAUUAUUUGACGUGUUUCAGCGGCACCAUAGCAGUCCCCUUCCUCCUGGCAGAGUCUCUGUGUGUAGGAAAGGACCAGUAUACCAUCAGCCAGCUCAUUGGCACCAUCUUUAGCUGCGUGGGAAUCACGACUCUAAUCCAAACCACAGUAGGAAUCAGACUUCCUCUGUUUCAAGCCAGUGCAUUAGCAUUCCUAGUGCCUGCCAAAUCUAUCCUGGCCCUUGAAAAAUGGAAAUGUCCUCCUGAAGAGGAGGUCUAUGGAAACUGGACAUUACCCCUCCAAACCUCUCACAUCUGGCAACCAAGGAUGAGAGAGAUCCAAGGAGCAAUCAUCGUUUCUAGCUUGGUGGAAGUGGUAAUUGGACUGGUGGGCCUCCCUGGGGCGCUGCUCAGCUACAUUGGUCCCCUCACAGUCACACCCACUGUCUCCUUAAUAGGUCUCUCCGUGUUCCAAGCUGCGGGGGACAGAGCCGGAUCACACUGGGGCAUCGCAGCACUGUCGAUUUUUUUAAUCGUUUUAUUUGCCCAGUACCUGCGAAAAGUCACUUUUCUCCUCCCUGGUUACAAAUGUGGGAAAGGAUGCAUCCUGUUCCGGAUACAGAUCUUCAAGAUGUUCCCAAUCAUCCUUGCCAUUCUGGUGGUCUGGCUGCUGUGUUACAUUCUGACAGUGACCAACGUAUUUCCUCGUGAUCCAAAUGCCUACGGAUAUAAGGCCAGGACGGACUCUAGAGGAGAAAUCGUGUCGAUCGCUCCAUGGUUCCGCUUUCCCUAUCCUUGCCAGUGGGGGAUCCCUACAGUGACAGCUGCUGCGGUCCUGGGAAUGUUCAGUGCUACCUUGGCUGGGAUCAUUGAAUCGAUUGGUGAUUACUAUGCCUGCGCUCGGCUUGCCGGAGCCCCGCCUCCACCUGUGCAUGCCAUUAACCGGGGCAUUUUUACAGAGGGAAUCUCUUGCAUAAUUGCUGGGCUGCUGGGCACGGGUAACGGUUCCACUUCCUCCAGCCCUAACAUCGGAGUCUUGGGCAUCACUAAGGUGGGCAGCAGAAGGGUGGUGCAGUAUGGUGCUGGCAUCAUGCUUGUUCUGGGCACCAUUGGCAAGUUCACGGCACUGUUUGCUUCUCUCCCCGACCCCAUCCUCGGAGGAAUGUUCUGCACCUUGUUCGGUAUGAUCACGGCCGUGGGGCUCUCCAACCUGCAGUUUGUGGAUAUGAACUCCUCCCGCAACCUGUUUGUUCUGGGCUUUGCAAUGUUUUUUGGGCUCACGCUUCCAAACUACUUGGAUUCCCAUGCAAAUGCCAUCAGUACAGGCAUUGCUGAAGUAGACCAGAUAUUAACAGUGCUGUUAACCACAGAAAUGUUUGUUGGAGGUAGCAUCGCAUUCAUACUGGACAACACAAUUCCAGGGACUCAAGAGGAACGCGGUCUCGUGCAGUGGAAAGCUGGAGCGCAUGCCAACAGUGAAACAUCUGCGAAUCUAAAGAGUUAUGAUUUUCCAUUUGGUAUGGGACUGGUUAGAAGCAGCCAGUGGUUGAAGUAUGUGCCAGUCUGUCCAGUUUUCAAGGGCUUUAAGUCAAGGCCGAAGAUGGAUGCCAGCGUAUCAGACCACAUACCUAACACGAAUGACAUCCUGGUCGUAUGCUCCAGGGUUUGA